UAGUAGUUCUUCGUCUCCAGCCACGGCGCUACCUGCCAUUUCCUCCCGCCUUCCUCCACACCGCUCACUGGGAACUCAAAUCCGCCAUCCUGCUGCUGUUGCUGCUGCUGCUGCCCGCCGCCGCCGCUGCCGCCUCUCUCUCUUUUUGCCAGCUCGCUCGCCGCCACGCAGUUAUAUUAAUUUCUCUCUUUUUUUUUUCAUUUCGGUCUUGGCCCGGAUCCUCUCUUUCUUCGGCUCUUUUCGUCUGGCCCGCCUGCUUUCCCGUCAUCUCGUGAAAAAGGGAACGAGUGUCCUUUUCAAAAAAGGCGGCCCUGGGAAGGAAUACGUACCCGAACCCGUACAAAAGUGAGAGAAAGAGAGAAGGUAGGAUUAAUUACUUCAUAGGGUGUCGUAAGCCACAUUAAAGCUACCUUGCUGGACGUGACGUGGCGCCAUGUGAGGAAGAGAGAAAGAGAGAAACAGUGGUAGUUCCAGUGACUGAAAGGGAGUUGUAAAGCAGUUCGCCCGGCCGUGGAAGGCAUCUUCUACAGCGGCCCUGUCUCCAAUAAUGCGCGGGGCAUAACUUCAAUGAUAUGACAUUGGCACCCUCACUUCGACUCUCGUUUCUUUUUUAUCGCUUUAGACUCAUUGGACAGGUGUGAAGGACGAGACAGUUUUUCAACCGAAGGUGACAGUUAUUGAGCUGACGGCUGACGGUGUUGAAAAAAAUUGAUGUCCUUUGUGAACUCAUAAGGUCUCAUAAGGAGGAUACAUAUUGUGAGGUAUUUAGAACUGCCGAUUAUUUCAUUCAUUAGAGAGGCCUGGCUCCAAAAAAACUAUCGUAAGAGUAAAAUUCUCGUUCAUGGUUAAGUUGUACGUGGAAACGUUGAAAAUAGAUGGUCUUCUGUAUUUCAUGAGCUUUGACAGGUGGACAAUUGAAUAUUUUGGUGCACUGUAACAAGACAAUUCUCAGGUAAAUUAGUAUUGCAGUAUUCAAGUGAUAUUUAGAAAGAAUUAGAGCUGUAUGACAGGAAAUUCUGUCACGGACAUAUAGCAGUAUACACGUAUGUGUUGGAUAGCGAAUAAGAAAUUGAAGUAAGUUGCUUAAAUAAAAGUAACACAGUAGCCAUUAGGUUUUCUAGAUUUGUUUAGUAACACCUACUUAAUCAUUUUUUCAAGUUAGCAAUACCAAACAUUUUGAUGUAGCUGCGUUUUCCUGUGUACUGUUAACCAUCUUAGAGCUAUCUGUAGACCUCAUUUUUCAAACUUCUCGAAACAAAUCAAGUGUUGUUGGACAGCGCUUCAUUAAACGUCAAAUGCUACUGACGUAGACCCAUCAGCAACUGGGAGACGUAACGUAGCGUUCGGAGAACUGACACAAAUAUCAAUAAUAAAGGUGAAAGGCACCGAAGACCGUUUGUGGAAAUUUUGGCUACUUGCGCAUGCGCCAGCCUUUCAUCAUGAACGCCUAUCACCAACCAGGAAUCAGUAUGCAUAAAGGAUACGCCUUUGUCCAGUUCACCAAUCCUUUCGAUGCCCGAUCAGCCUGCAUGGGCGAGGAUGGGCGUAGUGUCUUUGGGCAGAUCCUUGAUGUCAACUUGGUGGCGGAACCCAAACCUCACCAGAUAGGCCGGAAGAGGCCUAAUGUUGCAAAGAGUGGGGCCGAUUGGGAGCAGUUCUACGACAGUUACAAUGCGGGAGCGACUCUGCAAGGGGCAAGGCUGACACCACCUCUCAAGAGGCCGAGGUUAGUGGUUCCAAGCCUUCGUCAGCAGCCGAGAGCUCAGUCGCCUAAAAAAGUGGUCACCACUCCUGGACUCGAAGAUCUCAAGACAUACAGUAGUCCCGACCUGCUGAUCUGCGGCAACUGCCGGGAGCUAUUCUCCAACCUCAGCGAUUUCAUUGACCAUCGACGGACUUACUGUAAACUCAGGUUUACCUGCAAAUGCUCUAGUCACAAUGGAACUGCCCCUCAUGGUUCGCGAUCAACAUCGUAUGGUUGUAGUGGUUCUCUCUUUCCAAACCAACGACCAUUGACGAUAAGGCCUUUUCAUUCCCCAGGGAUGGAAGAGAGCGCUUUGCUGAUGUGUGCUCUGUGUAAGGAGAAUUUUGCUUCAGCUUGGGACCUGAUGGUGCACGCCCAGGCAGCCCACAUGGUCAACAUCUACCAGUUAGCCUCCAAAGAUACAGACAAGGAUAAUGGCUCAUGCAAUGCCGCCGGGGACAACACAGCGGGCAGCACCGAAGGAAGCGACGUCGGUAUGGAUUCCUCAGCUGACGGAGGUGAAGCCUCCGGAGACGGGGCCGACGCUCCCCAUAAUGAUGAUGAACCUCAGCCCAAGCAGAACGGCGUGGGGGGACUUGACGACGGCGAGGGAGGCCACGGAUUGAGCGGAGCUGAGGAAAUCGAAGGCAACAGCACCGAUAUCAUGAACGGAGCGUCGCCCCCAACGCUUCCCACCGAUGUGGUGGUCCCCUCGUCUCUCAAAACAGAGGCCGUCGUGACACAGUGAAGCACCUCCAUUUUGGAGACCUUUUGCUAAGCUCCAUCAUCAUCUGCUCCCACUCCUCCUCCAUCAACCUGUUUCCUCCAGCCCCUCCCGUUUCUAACUGCUCCUUCUCCUUGAUAUUUCCGCUUAACCUCCUCACGACACACACACGCAAUAAAAGGAAAUACUAAAAAAGUCUAAGGGAUGAGAUGUACACUUGAGAGCACCCAUUACCUCAGAACUCCUCUACCACCUCUUCCACAAAUCUAUAAUCAAAAGAAUAAUAAUUGAUCUGGUGUAUCGAGAUGCAGAGCUUCCAUCACCAACACCGACACGUGAAGUAUCUGUCAUUUAUAUACAUAUAUUUAGAGAUAUAUAUUUUAUCUUUGCGUCUCCCCAACGCCACCUCCCUACUUUUGCAAUAAAGGCUCUUCAUAAAGAUGACUGACACUACUAGGAUGUCCCGAGACUCCAGUUUGUGUGUAACCUCCUGAAGGAAGGAGGAAGGGGUCGGGUUGUCAGUAUUAGUGUCACUUGUAAGGUAAAGAUUUUCCAUGAUCUUACAUAGACCGUAUAAUCUUCUUAGAUUACAAUAUUCAUUGUAUAUAUGGGAACUUACAUUUGGGAUUUUUUUGUUUUCUUUUCUUUUUCUGUGUAGUCAGAGAGACAUGGUGUUGUAAGAUUUUUUUCUGUUGUACAACUAAGGAGGGUCUCAGUCGGCCCCAUUUACGAAAGAAGUCAUGAUUAUUUGUAUUUCAAAAACGAAAGUAAGUUUUCCAAGGCUUCUCCCACAUAAUAUCAACCCCGCAUUUUCUCGUUACUUGGCAAUGAAUAAACACUAAUUUCAUACGGAAACUGAAAAUUAUAUAAGAUUAUACAAUUUGGCUACUGCACAGAAGCAUUAUGUGAGACUUAGACAGUCUCGAAAGGUGUAAUGGUAGCACUAUUUUUACAGCUGUCCUCAGGUUGAAGCCGAUGAAGGAAGCUAUAACUAUUGUCUAAAACUUGUAUUUGUACAUAUGAUAUACUCGCAUUGAAGAUUACCAGUACGAAUUCUAGUCAUUGAUAUUUCCAUUUGUGUUAGUAAUGACUUAAUAAUUCACCACAGGUGACAAAGGUAUUCUUACUUUUGAAUGUUUUAGAUAAUAAAAACAGUUCGGCAGAAAUGUUAAAUUACAAUAUUUUCCACUAUUGCAAAUAAUGACAAAUUAUGGUAGCUAUAAGACCAGCCAGGCGUCAAGAACUCAAAACUUUAGCUGCGUUGGGCCAAGUUUGGGUCAUAAAUUUGUAAAUUUUUUUAUAUUUUUUCGCUGUUUAUAUACAAGGAUUAGAAGUCAUCGAGGUCAUGCGACACCUUGUCUAGUCAAUCUAUCUAGUCUCUUAUUUUAAAUAACUUUCUUCUGUAUUCAAGCUGUGAACUUCAUGUAUAUCUUAAUUUUUGCAAAGGUAGAUUUUUUUUAACUUCCAUAUUUAUUGUAUUUAUGAAGUGCACAUGAAAUUUUAUAUCCAUUUACGAGGAUUCAAUAGAUAACUAGUAUUGUUUUUCCCGUGCUUGCAAACGAUGAUAAUCAGAAAAUCUUUAUAUAGGAAAGUAUUAUCGUGUUUUGCAGGUAUUCUACUCAUGGUAAGACUGAACAUUUAUGCUGUUGAAUGUGACUGCCUUCCAUCGUUGAAGAAAGGGUUACCGUGAUUUGAAAAAAACUAGAACCUGAUUGUUUGAGUGUGGAAAUUAAAAUUACCGAAGGACUUGAUUCCUAGACUAAGGAAGGCUUGUUUCCCUACAUCGGAAAGGCAAUUGGUUAUGGUUCAUGAAUGAAAUAAUCAUUUCUUUUUUCGGAGGUAGGAUACUGUUUUGUUAGUUGUCUAUAUUUGUUAGUCAGUUAAUGAUUAAGGUGGUUAACGUAGAGCGUCAGUAUUAUCAAUCAAUCAUUCAAAUGCUGUGAUGUCAUGAUUUAGGGUAAAUCUUGUCAUUUGAAAUAAUUAAACGUAGGAAAAAAGAUAACAAUAAAAACCAUAGUAGAAGUAGUGUUGUUUCAUAUACUGUAUUAAUCUUUAUAGAAAAAGAUUCAUUCUCUUUGUCUUUCUCUCUGUCUCUACAUCUCACUCUUUUUCCCACUUGAACAAAGUAAAAAAAAAAAAAAAGACAUGUUGUUGUAGCAAUCAGUUCGUAUAUUUCCUUGAAGCAACAACGAAGGCUCAUUUAGGCCCGGACUCAUCCCGCGCCCCGCAUCCUGCAUGGUGGACUUUUCCUGUAAUGGGACUCUGGUUGCCUUGGAUAUAUUAAAAUGAACUUAAGGCUUUCAGCAAGGCAUGACGUCAUCCAUGUGAUUGUUUUUGGUUACACCCAACGGCCAGGUUAUAUAGACAAGGCGUUAAAACUUUUUCUCAGCGAUAACUUCUGCUUUUUCAGUCUCUUAAAGCAUUUUUGUGCUAUGAAACAACCUGACUACAUAUCAGAAGUGUUGAAGUAAGGAUUUUGAUACAUGCUUCCGUGUACCAUCUUGUAUUCACACUUACUGCACAAUAUCAAAACUGACUGUUAUUAUUGGUUUUCCAGUAGCUUCAUUAAAAUUUUUGAUAAUUAUAUACUAGGCAUUUGUUGUUCAAAAGACACGAUGGACAUGAGGACAUAGUACAGGUGACAAAUUAGUUUGAAGUCGUGAAACCUUCAUUUCUAAUAAACCGUCGAGUAUGGAUUCUGAGACAUCUUGUCAUACAUAGCUUUGUCUAUAUAGCAGGUCAUCAGCUUCAGAAAGCUUUACCCGAACACUGAUAGACAUCUGCAGUGUUGUGUUGCAUAGGUCUGGUUUAAUUGAUAUAAAUUAUUGCAUUUUCCCCUGCUGUUAAAAGAAAACUGGGCUUACCAUGAUUUUUAGGUACACUAUUCGUCUAGCUUAUUCGUAGGUAUCCUAGUAAUGGCGCCAUGAAUACCAGUGUUGAAGUAGAAAUGCAAAAGAGACAUAAGUGCAACAUUAAGCUUCCGUGUACCGGUGCACGCAAUUAUGCCAUUAAUUUCAUGAGACAGUUGUAUGGUUUGGCAAACUACCGUAGAUUAAGCAAAUAUUUCUAUUAGAACUAAUAGAAAAACACCAAGGGGCCUGCGUCGUUUCCAUAGUUGCAUCUCACUGACCUGUACAGAGAAUGAAGAGGGAAACAUUAGCUAGUCAUCAACCAAAUGCUUGCAAUGAUUCGAGUGCCUCUGCAAUUGAUGUGGACAGACUUACAAAUUCAAAGUGCCUCUAUUAAAAAAAUAAUAAAGAAUUGUAUGGCCAUUUCAGAUUUAACUCUCAUCAGCUAUGACGUUAUGCCUUGCAGACGUCAGUUUUCUAAUUACUGCCUUGGAUGUCAUGACCAGAGAUAGUAUUGCGGAUAUAUUCUUAGACGCUUGUAAUUUCUCUGUAGUUGGUCUUCAAGAAAUCGAGGGCGCAAUUUGCUGCUCCUCUUGGACAUUAAAUCUUUUCAUUUGGGGGUCUUGCGUAUCAAAAACAAGUAAAAUAUGUCGUCAUCCUGUUUCAUAAGUCGCAUAUUUUGACGAAUGAAUAUAACCUUGUGGAAAAUUAUGUCUGUCUCGUAGUUAUUUAUUUGGAGCUGAGCGACUUUGUUAAUUGUCUUUUUACAGUACCGUCAUACAUAUCAGAAAGUUAGCUGUUAGGUCAUUGCAACUGGAAGGACAGAUUUGUACCCAAUAUCAUUAUCAUCGUUAUAUCUUUCGAAGAAAGUCUUUGUGCCAAAGAUAGGCUGAAGAUAGGUUGUAGAAAAAAUAAUAAUUAACUCAUAUAAAUAAUUGCCAUUGAGAUGAAGUAGGCUGUCUUAUUUUUCCAUUAGAUAGGCUCGUGAUUCAGAAUAAGAGUUCACUUAAGUUUGCGGAGUUCUUAGAUAACUUAAAAGAUACUGAAGUCCAGAGGCGAUCAAGGGAAUACAGUACUAAUGAUUAGCCCAAGCUCUGGAUUCUUUGCUGAACUAUGCUCUAAAAAGAGAAUUCGCUCAAUAGUUCACCAGGCAAUGGUGUUGUGAAAGGGUUCGGGCCCUAUUGCGAGGGCAGAAGACAUUCAAUUUGCCUGCCAAAGUCAAGGCCUCAGAAUAAACAUCAUUGUUCUAAAAUCGCCUUCGUUUGUGUACAAAUCUUCCCCGAAAUGAUCUGUGAAGACAUGGCUUUGUUGGUUGUUUAAAGGAUAAAACUUUCUAGAGGUUAGGUACAUAUCAUCCAUCAUGUCUUUGUCUUUUAGAAUUGUGGUUUUAAGCAGCUGUUUUGUGCCUAGGAUCAUGUGUCACUAAGGGGUCAUCGUCUUAGAGGGAUUCACUCAGUCUUUUCUGAAACCACACUCUCCUCUUUAGGCACCUUCAUGCAAUCAUCAGCAACUCUGUCUUAAUGCAAAAAUCUUAAUGCCAGGAACCUGCAUGUGUAUCAGUCUUGGUGCUCGUUGCGAACCAGGUUUUCGCCUCUCCUGUCAAUUAUUAACACAGUGACGCUGCUCAUUUCUUCACUGGCGUAAUUUUUGGGGGAAAAUUUUAGUCUUUCAGAUUCAGAUUAUUUUUUGGUUGUCGAAGUGUUGGAUUUGAUAUAGCACUAAAAAUCUGAGUGGACCCCUAAGUAUGUUCCUCAAAGAAUUUUUCUCUGUGCUGUGAAUAGAAAAAUCGAACCUCACAGGCCUUCCACUAUAGGUUCCCAGCAGCUGGUUUGGCCGCAUAUAGAAAUUAGCAUCCUUGUGAAUUUUGAGACUUGGAUUUGAGACUCCCUCUCCCUGAAACCCCUUUGUAGAUAUUGUAAGAAAUAAGGACAAUAACUUAAAUGGUAUUAUCAUGGUCGUUUUUCCAAUUUAAGGAGAAUUAAAAGCAAGCCCCGUGGAUGCACUAGGUGGACAUAUGCCGAGUUAACAGUCUGGAGCCAUAAACCUGAGAAGAGUAUUGGUUCUCAAAGUUUACUCUUGGAGGGAUAUUGUUGGAUGCUUAAAAGACACCUCUGUUUAGGUUGUCCUGUACACUGGCAAUUGAGUCGUUAACUUUUUGGUGUAGUGGCUUGAGCUAACACGGGGCUCCAGACCAAGCAUAAUAAUGAUGCAGUUUCUCCGAAACUGGUUAAUUGACCGUAUUAGAGCAUCAGGUAGAACAUGAUUCUCCAAAGUCGUUUAUAGGCUCUUUUUCAAGUGUUGGGCUAUAGCUGCUCAGUCUUUAUGAUCCCGUAACCCUCUUUUUUGAUUAGACAUAGGUAAAAUGUAUCAUCAGAAUUCCUUUCUUAUGUAGAGAUGAAGGACUCACGAUUCCUGGAUCUUAUCUGAGGGCUUUUUCUUCUUAAAUACAGUAUGUAUCCUAUAGAGAUGUGUAUAUAUGAAUAUAAUAGGUAUAUUAUAAAUUUCUUUUACUUUAUCUAAGCACAGAAAAUAAGGUCUGGUACUUGUGAGCUCUUUGCAGAGGACAUGUGAGGACAUACUUGAGAAUUUCCACAUGUGCCUACAUAUCAAAAUUUCUGAAUUUGCUCCACUUACAUUUCGAUGCAUAGAAAUAAUUCGUUAAUUUUAAAGUGCUACUUACCUUAUAGAAAUCAUUGCAUAAAUGAUAGGUAAUGCUGAAACAUCAGAGCAACUUUUAUGUCCCUAACAGUAAUUGGAAAUUUGGUACCUAUCUGGUUUUUGUCAAGUGUCCCCAAAUGUUUUCAUGUUGUCUUGAAUCCUGUUUAAAAGAAAUAAGUUUUUAGGAAUAUUGGUUUAGGGUCGACACUCAGUCAUUUUGUUCGCCCAGGGGCCAUGGAAGUGUCUGCGAUCAGUUGCAACAGCCGGAGAUAACAAAUUAAAACCUAAAACAUUUUUUCAGAGAACACAAACGUGAAUCAUUGCAUCCAAGUCUUGGCAUCGCUCACUGUAACUGCCCCAGAUAUUUGCAUGGUCCGUUCAUUUUAGUUCCCCCUCCCACCCCAGUUCCCCCAAAUUCUCCUGUCUAUCCUCCUUUCCCAGAAUUAUAAAAAGGAAGACCUUCCCUACAACCUUACCGAAUAACCUUCAACAACCCUUUGAGUAGAUAAAAUCUGCCAGAGGCAGUCUAGAAGUCAUAAUCCUCUAAGUUUAAGAAAAUAGUUUAUAGAAAUGUAACCUCAAUACGUGACCACAUAUUGGAAGGAAUGAGUUUCCCUGAUCGACACAUGAAAUAAGGAUUUUUUUCCGUUUUUAUUUAUAUGCAGUACAUAUCUUGUGUUGCUAGAUUACAAUGUUACUGUGUAGUCGGCAGGCCCGGCAAAAUACAAGCCAUUCACGGCAGGCCCGGCAUAAUUCAAGCCUCUCAUGGCAGGUCCGGCAAAAUACAACCACUCGCGGUAUGUCUGCCAAUUAGCUGACUCUGCUUUUCAAAGGCAUCUUUAAGGGCUUGGCAGCACAGAUGCCAUCUAUGACAUGCCCAGUUUCAAAAAUACUUACCAUCUUGCUUUAACUCGGAAAAUUAUAUGAACAAAAGUGUAGUGUAAUUAGUUAAGAAUAACUCUCUCGGUUGCGUGUAUCAUCGAGAAAUCUCCCCAAAUCAUUUUUUGUAGCCUCUUCCAAUGCAUUAUUAAAUAAAACUGGGAAUGAUAUGCUAUCUUGAGUUAAUGUUACAUUUCAAGUCAUAUUCAAAUUAUAUUGACAGAAUUUUAACUAUUAUAAUGCAUGUUUAAGAUUCUUGAUUAAAAAUUCUGCUUUUUGUACAUUUGUUACUACUGCAAUGCUAAUUAUUUUCUCUUUUCCUGUCAAAAAGCCAUUAUUUCUUUUCCAUAUAUCUAUUUCAUUUCACACAAAGGUGGAAAACAUUUUCUGUCAGAGGAACGAAUAUGCCAACGUCAGGAAACAAAUAUAAAUUAUUAUAAGAAUUUUUUUACUGGCUUCUGUAAGUCGAUGCUUUCCUGUUACUGUGGGAGAUAGUGUAAAUGAAUGGGCAAAGAAUGGAUAAAAAACGGACUUUCUUCCUUUCUAAAGAGAAAGAAUCGUAUCAGUUUAACCCAGGUAUCAGGUGCUUUCAUGUUUAGUUAGUCACUUCCGGUAUUUACAUUUGAUGAAGAGGUUAUUUGCGAUACUGAGGGUCGAUGUUUGGAGAAAACUCUGGCAAGAUUUACUUACUCGUAGGUAAACAGUGACUGCUAAGGUUGUCAGAAUCAGUUUCCCCAAAAUUGCAGCCAGUUGGCAUGUUAACACAAACCUCGAGAUAUCUAUCCUUUAACUUGAGACGCACGUGGACACUGAUGCCUAUAGAGGACCAAGGAUUAUGCUAACUGAAUCCUUAAGCAGGUCGUCUGUUAGGUCGAAAUUGCAGUGUAAGGCAAAGAUACUAUAUUGCAAUUGCACCCAUUCAUAUCAUGCAGUGAAUAUCACAGUGAUACCUAGAAUUACCCAUGUGUAUUUUGACAUAUGUGAAUAUUUCCUCAGUUGAUAAUCUUUAGUGUACAUGUAUUCAAAAUUUUCCUUUCCCCUUUAUUCAAAUAUAAAUAAAUAAGCAUAUAUAUAUUUUUUUCCUCUGGUUCAAAUUGGAAGGGCGACUUGAAAGAGCGCGUAACAGAGAUGGCAGUGGUCUUACUUUACUCAUAUAAAAAGUAGCGUGUUAAAUGUACGUUAAUAUUAUUAUGAAUGUUUUGUAACAGUUGGACAGUAAAAAUUGUUGCGACAA